UUGAUUUUUAGCUUGGGUCGGCUCAAGAAAUGUCGAAAAUAGAUGUUGAGAAGUAUUUUACUCUGAAAGAUCAGCCGGAAAUGGUCCUUUCACUUAGGCUAGCUUGUUGGUUGCCGAAGUAGCUAAGGCCGAAGGAGGAGUCCGGGGCAGUCUGAGGGGGAACAUCAUGUAGUUUGUUCAAUACAGACUGUAACUGAAAAUAUCUACACCUCUACACCCGGUGGUUUAUUCAUUUGGAAUCACAAUCGUGUCGUUAACAUCCAACCGACAUCAUGUUCACGCGCGGGUCUAAAAAGCGACGAUCUAACCGCUCGCAGGAUGAAGAGGACCCGGACCGAGGGCAGCCCUGUAUGCGCUGUGGGGAUCAGUGCCCCGGCUUCCGCGUCCACGGCUGGAGGAAGAUCUGCGUCCACUGCAAGUGUGUGCGAGAGGAGCACGCCGUGCGCUCGGUGCCGGGCCAGCUGGAGAAGAUGAUGACGAAGCUGGUGUCGGACUUCCAGAGACACUCCAUCUCCGACGACGACUCGGGCUGCGCCUCCGAGGAGUACGCGUGGGUCCCGCCCGGCCUCAAGCCCGAACAGGUGUACCAGUACUUCAGCUGCCUGCCGGAGGACAAGGUGCCGUACGUCAACAGUUCAGGGGAGCGGUACCGAAUCAAACAACUGCUGCACCAGCUUCCAGCCCACGACAGCGAGUCCCAAUACUGUAACACUCUGGACGAGGAGGAGAAGAAGGAGUUGCGUUUGUUCAGUCAGCAGAGGAAACGAGAGAACUUGGGCCGAGGCGUCGUCAGACUCUUCCCAGUAACUAUGACGGGAGCCAUCUGCCAACAGUGCGAGAAGCAGAUCUGCGGCGGAGACAUCGCGGUGUUUGCCAGUCGGGCGGAGCGGAGCACCUGUUGGCACCCUCAGUGUUUCCAGUGUGCCACCUGCAGCGAGCUGCUGGUCGAUCUGAUCUACUUCUUCCAGGAGGGGCAGAUCUACUGCGGCCGGCACCACGCCGAGAGGCUGAAGCCGCGCUGCCAGGCCUGUGACGAGAUUAUUCUGGCGGAUGAAUGUACCGAGGCAGAAGGAAGACACUGGCACAUGAAGCACUUCUGCUGUUUUGAGUGCGAGGCGGCGCUGGGCGGUCAGCGUUACAUCAUGAGAGAGAGUCGACCGUACUGCUGCUCCUGCUACGAGUCCCAGUACGCAGAGCCCUGCGACACCUGCGGAGAACACAUCGGUAUCGAUCAGGGCCAGAUGACGUACGAGGGUCAGCACUGGCACGCCGUGGAGUCUUGUUUCUGCUGCGCCCGCUGCCACCUGCCUCUGCUGGGGCAUCCCUUCCUCCCUCGAGGGGGGCUCAUCUUCUGCUCCAGGCCCUGCUCGCUGGGCGAGGACCCCAACAACUCCGACUCCUGUGACUCGGCGCUGCAGAGCAAACCGCCGCAGCACAGACGCUGCGAGAUGGCGAGGAAACAGCGGCGGCCACAGUGUGGCUCUCCCCUGCAGCCACUAGAGGGCCCCGACUCUCCUGUAGCUCCUGCGAAAGACUGCGUUCACUAUGCAGUGGAGAACAGAGGUGUCAACUGCACUGCUCCAGUUCAAAAUGGACUGCCUUCGCCCAGUGGUCAGCCUCAUCCGAGAGGCUCCUACUCGCCUCUCCCCCACAUCCAUCUAGGAAACGGCCUGGGUCCGUCUUGGCCCAGCGACCUUCCGCACUACAGUCUGCUGCCGGGGAACUCUUCUGUCGGAGACCUUCAGUUAAAGGGAGAGAUGAAUGGAAAUGCAACCGGCGUUAAUUCAAGGGGAACCUCCACUAAAGACUGUAGGAACUGGGUGGAGAAGACAAAUCAAGUGAUGGAAGUGUUUCUGCCACAGGAAAACUCGCCGCCUCUCCCGCCCAACAACCCGUCCGUCCUCCCACCUCCUCUGCCCCUCAAGUCUCGCGACCCGAUGCCCCCGGACUCACCCCAGCCAAACCUCCCCCAACCACCGGAGGGGUCGUCCGCUUCUCCGCCCCCGCUGUCUCGCAGUGGCACAGCUCGGGUCAGCUUCAGAGAACCAAUCAGCAGCAGCUACUCAGUUGAGGAGGACGAGGGGGAAGACGGGCCGGAGCUGCAGGAGGUGGAGGAGGACCAGCAGCAGCAGGAGGAGGAGGAUGAGCUGGGGGGAGGUUUCGGGAGCAGGCUGCAUCUCCAAAAGGGCAUCCCGCCGCAGAUGGAUCUUCUGGACGGAUCCUCCUACCACCAGCGGAGUCCGCGGCGCGGGUGGAGCCGUUGUCACGUCUCCUCCGACCCUGCUCUCCACGCGGGGGCGGAGAGGCACCCCAGGCGCUCCUCGCUGACCCUGCAGCCGGGCCAGUGCAGACACGACGACCCUUGCUCCACUUGCUCUUCCUCCUCAGACUCUGAGGAAGAGGGCUUCUUCCUGGGACAGCCCAUACCUCUGCCCCCACAGCUACGAAAGCAGCAACCCGAGGAGGGCAAAGACGGAGGGGGAGACGAGGAGAGGGAGGGGCAGAGAGACUGGGGACUGAGAGGCAGCAUAAGGCGGAGAAGAGCUCACAGCCUCGGCGCAAAGGACAAAGAUAAAAACUGUGCCAUCUCCUAAGCCCCAACCUCAAAUAACAGCGUUGCUAUUUUCUAAAUGAUGGUGGACCAGAAGAACUCAUUCAUUCCAGUGUCCCGGACUGACUACUUACUAGAAAGCACAACAAGCCUCAAAGGUCACUAACUUUAACUCAACUGUAUUUACGUUUGUUUGCCUUUUUGAGAUGCUCUGUUGUAGAGAAUGAAUCCUGUGAGAAGUGAUGAACGUGUUGUGAUAAUUGUUUGGUAAACGUCCAAAUAAAGGACUCGGCGUUG